UCUGGAGUGAGUGAGACAGCUCAGCUCUGCAUUUGGCAGUGAACUAACGCUCUGGGAAGUUAAGUUCGUCCCGUCCUGCCUUCUCCAGGAAUGCCAAGCCAGGAGAGCGGCUGCUGAGAGUUGUGCUUAGCGGCGCAACGUUUUUCCCCCGUGCGUCCAAUGGGUCUGAUUUAUGCGUGUUGCCGCACGAAUUGGGAUGGCGGUGAUAAAGAGGAGAAGAGCGCUAUUUUACAGCAUGAAGCCAUCAACUACCAAGAGCUGCCGGUGCCCAUCAUCCUGGCUGAAGAAGAAGACUCCCGGGGGGCCAACGACUCCAUGAUGAUGGGGGGGGACCUGUCUCAGGAGUUCCUGUCCGUCUCGCAGGAAGGGGACAUCCUCAUCCCCCCCCGCUGGAGCACCCCCCGCUCCUCCACCAACACCGACCCAGAGUCAGACGAGGAGCUGCAGGCCUUCAUACACAUGAGGAACCAAACAGACAAGGCAUCAGAGGAGUGGGAGAAGCUGAACUAUGACAUCCACACUCUGAAGUGCGCACGCAGAGAGAUCAGCGCACGCUGGAGGAAGAUACUACUACUACUGGGCUAUGAGGAGGAGGUGGACACCCUAUUGUCAGUGAACCGCCAGACGGCCCUGCUGGAGUCAGAGCACCUGGAGCAGGCCAGGCAGAUGCUGCACGCCAUUGGCCAGGAGUCCUGCCUCUUCCCCCCCGGCCUAUCCAACGACAGAUACAUCUUCGUCAUGGAUCGCCUCAUCUCCCUGGACAGCGCAGAGGAAUUUGUCCGGCUGGCCAAGGACAAGUACCCAAAAGCAUAGUGGCCGAAGCGCAAACACACACACGCACACGCACGCACGCACGCACGCACGCACACACACACACACACACACACACAGUGGUAUUGUAAAUGCUCACCUGUGCACAAAUUGUAAAUAGAAUAUUUCUUGGUGGGAUUUCGAAUGUUAAAAGUGUUCAUUCAAAGAACAUUGAAUGUUGAAAUAAUCUUGUGCUUUAAUUAUAUUUCAAAUUAAAUGUAAUGUAGUUGGAUGUAGGUGGAUACACUCUCCUGAGAGGUGGAUUCACUCGUGAAGUGUAAAGGGUGGAUAAACUCUAUUUAUGGUGAAUUCAGGUAAAUUGGGCCACUUUGGAC